GAUAAUACCAUCCUGAGCGAUAACAAGCACACAGACAAAAACUCUCUUGAUGUAUCAUCCUGAUCUUGAUCUUCUCUAUCAGAUUUCUCAAGGUGGCCAUCUCGAAACGUUUCAUCGCCAUCUCAACAUCGAAAUGUUGUCUUUGAAUUUUCAUCUUCCUUCACGUUACCAAAAGCGUUUCUAUAGCCUGUAUAUAAGGUGAAAAUCCAGGGCAUUCCUAAAAGCUCUCUUCCACAAUGGCAUCUUCAAACUCAACAGACAUUCCGCAAUUAUCUGACGAUGAUAUCAAGUUUGUGUAUGCCGUUAAUGACGAGUACAUGAACGAGCUCGUCAUUCAUGCACUUACGCACGGAAUAUACACCUGCGUAUUAGUCGUCACACUAUGGAGUAUAUGCACCAGCAAAGUAUUGACUUAUGGCAUGACCCGGAAAUUUAUGCUUUUCAUGGUUGUGCUGUUAUAUGUCCUCGCUACAAUCUACUUGGCCUUUCAGUGGUCAUUCACUCAAUACGCCUUCAUUGAACACGGGCAGACAUUCUGGUCGAUAUUCGUUGGACUGCAGUCCGUCACUGACCGUGCAGUGACUUUCCGACUGGUAGGUAGUAUUACUGGGUGCAUCAGUACUGUCAUUGCCGACGCUUCAAUGAUAUGGCGCUGCUGGAUCGUCUGGGGGCGUCGGUGGUGGAUAAUAUUACUCCCGAUAUUAUGCACCAUCUCUGGAACCAUAUUCGAUGCGAUUUCUACUUACCACGUCGUUGCCGACACGACCGAAGACCAAAGCGAUUCAUCUCCGUAUGCGCUCAGGAUUGAUUGGACGAUGCUUUCCCUGUCUUUUACCCUCGCCACGACCCUUCUAUGCACGCUGCUUAUUAUCUACCGAAUCGUUACCGUAGCAGGUGGGAAGCAUGGCGCCGGUUUGCGAUCAUAUCGCGGUGUUGUCGAAGUCAUCGUGGAAUCAGCCGCACUUUAUUCAGCAUCCACGAUCGUCUAUAUGGCUUUCGUCGCCCGUAAUGAACUGACGGGAGCGUAUCCGAAUGUGAUCAACGCCUCCAUCAAGGGAAUCGCUCCUACACUCAUCGUUGGGCGUGUUGCUUCCGGCCAUGCGCGUCCUGAUGAUACAUGGAAGGGGAGUGUCCUGUCCUCACUUCACUUCGGGGCUCGAUCCCAGGCCCCAAAGAACACACAGGGAGAGGGAACCCGGACCGUCACAUUCGUGAGCGACCUCAACUUGGAGAACAUGAGCUCUUUAGAGAAUUUCCAAGCUCGCGACGAAAACAAACUUCCGGCGGUCAAAGAAGUGCCUUUGCAGUGUGUAUAAUGCCAGUACGUUGCAUGUAGAAUUGAUUCAAAAAUCGGGGAUUUUGCAAGCGUCCUAUAUUUGAGCGCUAAACUGUUUUUAUGUUUACUAUGGACGUU